GGUUACAGUUUUUAUUAUUGGAGGCUGAAGAAGUAACGUUUUACUGAAAGGAGUGUAAAACUUGGUGUGCCUGAGGUGAUCAAGGUCACUUGAAAUUGGUUUUUUUUGUAUGAACAAGCAGGAAAAUGCGUAUUCAAGACUGACUUAAUUAAAGUUCUGGUGUUUAGCUAUGGAAAGCCCACAGAUAAACUUCCCUCUAGGUCUAGUUUCAGACCAAAAAAGGAGUGGGAUCCAAGAGGAUGGGAGUCCUCCAUUAAAAAAAGCGAUGACAGAUACACAUGUAAGUAGCAAAGUACGAGUUGCGAUAAAUAAAUUGCCAACAAUAAAGAAGGAAAACUUGGACGAAUAUGACGAAACUCCUGUGGAGGCUGAUGCGGAAGCCGCCAAGCCAAACAGUACUUCGCUAUGUGAGCCUUUGAAUUUAAAUCCAGGUUUGAAACACACGUUGGCACAGUUCCACUUAAGCAGCCAGAGUUCACUGGGUGGACCGGCAGCUUUUUCAGCUCGUUAUUCCCAGGAAAGUAUGUCGCCCACUGUCUUCUUGCCUCUUCCGUCGCCGCAAAUACUUUCUGGCCCACUGCUCAUUCCUCCGGACAGCUCCACAGAACUCACCCAGACUAUGCUGGAGGGGGAAUCUAUCUCUUGUUUUAAAGUCGGAGGAGAAAAAAGACUUUGCCUGCCUCAAGUGUUGAAUUCAGUUCUCCGAGACUUUUCGUUGCAACAGAUCAAUACAGUGUGUGACGAACUGUACAUCUACUGCUCAAGGUGCACUUCCGACCAGCUUCAUAUUCUGAAGGUUUUGGGAAUUCUUCCAUUUAAUGCUCCAUCCUGUGGGCUAAUUACGCUGACUGAUGCUCAGAGACUAUGCAAUGCUUUACUACGUCCUCGCACUUUUCCGCAAAACGGCAGUUUUCUCCCUGGUAAGAACAGCUUGGCCCAACUGAAAGAGACUGGCAGUGCCUUUGAAGUCGAGCAUGAAUGCCUGGGCAAGUGCCAGGGGUUGUUUGCACCUCAGUUCUACCUUGCGCCGGAUGACCCGUGUAUCCAGUGUUUGGAGUGCUACGGGAUGUUCUCCCCCCAGACGUUUGUGAUGCACUCGCACAGAUCCCCAGACAAGAGGACCUGCCACUGGGGGUUUGAAUCGGCCAAGUGGCACUACUACCUGCAUAUUAACCAAAAAUACCUGGGAACUUCGGAGGAGCGGGAACUGAAGCAUCUCUUGGAGGAAAUGAAGGAGAAAUUUAGCGAGAAAAGUCAGAAAAGAACUCGGUCCAAAGCAGAUUCACAGCAGAGCCUGGACUUGUCGCAGUGGUAUCCAGUUAUCAAGCAAGAAGCAGAAACUGAUCCUCAGCCACCCUCCUUUCUCCAUCCCAGUUACUACCUUUAUAUGUGUGAUAAAGUGGUUGCCCCAAAUGUAUCUCUUGCAUCACAAUAUAAAGAUGUUUCAAAAACAACAGUCAAAGCUUCAGAAGUAAUUAAAUACUCACCUGGACAGUCAGAGAAGAAGCUCAGUAGUGGAAAGCACAAAAAAGCUGCCUCCUAUCCAGAGCUUUCUCUUGAAGAACAGGAAAAAAUUGACUUGAAAACUGGUGUGGAGCAGCAUAAACGUUUAGAUCCAGCUGUCUCAACUCGUUCUGCAAGAGGUGGAAAAUCUGAACGUAUUUCUUCCAAAAUCGCUAGAGAUGCUAGCCGAGUUGAAGUGGGAAAUGACGCGCGAACCUUGUCCCCCACUCUCAUGAAAGACAUCAGCUGCGAAGAUGACAAGGGGAGGAUCAUGGAAGAAGUGAUGAAAACCUACAUGAAACAGCAAGAAAAACUAAAUACUAUUUUGCGGAGGAAACAGCAGCUUCAAAUGGAAGUGGAAAUGUUAAGCAACUCUAAAGCUAUGAAGGAAUUAACUGAAGAACAGCAGAAUUUACAAAAAGAACUCGAAUGUUUGCAAACAGAGCAUGCUCAAAGAAUGGAAGAAUUUUAUUUUGAGCAGAGAGACUUGGAGAAAAAACUGGACCAAGUGAUGAAGCAAAAGUGUAGCUGUGACUCCAAUUUAGAAAAAGACAAAGAAGCUGAAUAUGCAGCACAGCUAGCGGAAUUGAGACAGAGAUUGGAUCAUGCAGAGGCAGACAGACAAGAGCUUCAAGAUGAACUGAGACAAGAACGAGAGGCAAGGGAAAAGUUGGAGAUGAUGAUAAAGGAAUUGAAGCUACAGAUCUUGAAGUCUUCAAAAAAUGGGAAAGGAAAAUAGAAAUUGGACGAGGAAGCAUGACUGCGUCCUUCAAACAGGGUGUUUUGGUUUUUAAUGAAUUGUGAGCGGUUCUGUGCGAUGAGAAAAAGUAUUCUCUCCAGAUUUCUAUUUCCCAGACAAGACCAGAUGAAGAUAUACAUAUAUAUAAAUAAAUAGAGAUAGAUAGGUAUACAUUUUUAGAUUUUCCUAACCAAUGAAAAUCUGCAUUUAUUUGUACUGGUGUUUUUCUCAACCAAUGAAAAAUACGAAACUCUUGAUUUAGAGUGACCAGUUUCUGUCUAUUUCUAAUGCACUCUUGAGGACUCUAUCCCUUUUAACAUUGUCUAUUAAAAUAUAUGUGAUGAUCUUUACUUUGCUAUCAAUUGCACAUCCAGUUAUAAAAGUACAUUAAAAACAUUAUGAAUUCUUCAAGGUCAAAAAUAGUUCGGAUUUCAGUGAGAAUUAUAUGUUCUCGACCUGGGGAAAGUAAAGGCAGCUUUUCAUCUGUAAGGUAAUACUCCAAAUCACCACAAUGAUAGAUCAUUGAUCAUCGGAAAGUGAUUUACCAGCGUGAGUUUUUCCCAUAAUUUCAUUGUGUGAAGUCAAGCUGAUCCUAUCAGUAUUUUGUAUUUAACAUCUCGUUAUCAAUCUAGAGAGUUUCAGAGCCAGCAUUUGCUUGCCGUGCUGGAAGAAGGAAACGUUACAGGUUUUUUGUAAAUUAAAAAAUUUACAAUUACAAUGGAAACUUCGCAAAUUAAAAAUUC